AUGUCCUGUGGUUAUAUUGCCUCUGUGAAGCUGCAGCUGCAACAGCUCCAGAGCAACUGUUUAGCAUGUUUGAUAAGUUUCUUCCAGUCUUUGCUGUGUGAAACCUGCAAGACUCUACUUAGAGCCUCAAAUGCAUUAUCAGUCAUCCAACCAGUCAUAGGGUCCCUCUCAGGGAAGGUAAAUCUUCCCUGCUACUUUUCCACAAUCCCAACCUCAGCACCAGUCAUCAGUCCCAGUGGAACAGUCGUUUACAACAAGGAUUACUUGCGGAUAAAAUGGAGCAAAAUACAGGGACGAACAGAGUCCACGGUGCUGGUGGCACAAAAUGGGAUCAUCAAGCUAGGCUCAAGCUACAGGAACCGUGUAUCAGUACCCAGCCACCCUGAAGUUGUCGGUGACGCCUCGCUCACAAUUGUGAAGCUGCGUGCCAGUGACACUGGCACUUAUCGUUGCGAGGUCAUGUUCGGGAUUGAAGACACCCAGGAUAUUGUUAACCUUGAUGUCAGCGGUGUUGUCUUUCACUACCGAUCAAGCAUCAGCAGGUACACUUUGGACUACCAGAAAGCUGUACAAACUUGUGAAAACGUUGGAGCAAACAUUGCAACCUAUGAGCAACUGAAAGCAGCCUAUGAGGACGGCUUUGAUCAAUGCGAUGCCGGUUGGAUUGCUGACCAGACAGUGAGAUACCCAAUUACAAGGCCAAGAGAGGGCUGUCAUGGCAACCUUCCUAAUAAACCUGGUGUCAGGUCGUAUGGAACCAGAAAACCUACAGAGACCUACGAUGUGUACUGUUAUGUAGGCAAACUGGAUGGUCAAGUCUUUUAUGCUCCCGUGACCCAUAAGAUGACUUUUGAAGAAGCCAGUGAAGAGUGUAAAAAGAGGAAAGCUGUCCUGGCAAGUCCCGGACAGCUGCAUGCUGCUUGGAGACAGGGGCUGGACAGAUGUGACUACGGCUGGCUCUCCGAUGGCAGCGUACGGCAUCCUGUCGCAGUCCCCAGAACUAAGUGUGGCGGAGGCCAACUCGGCGUGAGGACCAUGUAUCGCUACAGAAAUCAGACUGGCUUCCCAGAACCAACUAGAAAGUUUGGGGCUUACUGCUUUAAAGGAAUUGACUCAUGCACAGAGGAUGUUUGUCUAAAUGGAGGCUCUUGCUUGAGGAUUGGCAGCACCUAUACCUGUCACUGUGCUCCUGGUUUCAGUGGUCAUCAAUGUGAAAUAGAUAUUGAUGAGUGUGAAUCAAACCCUUGCCGCAAUGGAGGCACUUGUGUCGAUGGCUUGGCUUCUUUCACAUGUGUGUGUCUCCCAAGCUAUGCUGGGCUGUUUUGUGAAGAGGGUCUUGGACAGGACUACCAGUGGAUCGGCCUGAAUGAUAAGAUGUAUGACAACGACUUCCGCUGGACCGAUGGUUGCCCUAUGCAAUAUGAAAACUGGAGGCCCAACCAGCCUGACAGCUUCUUCUCUGCUGGCGAGGACUGUGUGGUGAUGAUAUGGCAUGAGGAUGGUCAGUGGAAUGAUGUUCCUUGCAACUACCACCUCACUUUCACCUGCAAGAAGGGCACAGUGGCCUGUAGUCAGCCUCCUGUGGUAGAGAAUGCACGUUCCUUUGGGAAGACACGUGAACGGUAUGAGAUCAACUCGCUGGUGAGGUACCAGUGCCGUAUAGGCUUUAUUCAGAGACAUGUCCCAACUAUCCGUUGUCGUGGGAAUGGACGAUGGGAUAUCCCGAAAAUCAGCUGCAUGAACCGAGACAGUUCAAUAUGA